GGACAGUUGACAUAACGCCUUUAAUGUAGAUAAGGUGACUCUAAAGAGGUCAGUAGUAACAGUCCGCUCUUCUCUAUUGGUAUUUCGGAUGAUAAACUGACCAAGCAACAAUGGCCACAGUCUCAGGAUUUUCCUCUCUCUGUUCAAUUUGUCAAGCCAAUUCUCGCAUUUCUUCUUCUUCUUCCUCUUGUCCGAGCAUUCCACGUGGAGUGGUUCAUCUCCAAGGCCAUGGAGGAAGCGUUAAUCGCAUUCAUUCUAGUCUGGCAGUGGCAUUGAGCAGCAAGAAGCAUUUGCAGAGGAGGAGGGGGAGAAAGAUGAUCAGUUUGGCAGCGGAAGAUGAUGCCCAGAUCCCAGAACAAGCUGAGUCAGAGGACGGUAACAACACUGACAAUACAGAGCAAGCACCACAAGAAGAACCCGCCGCCGCCGAUCUGCCGGUUUCAGUUCCGGUCUCGCCUUCUGACGUCCUCUCCAUGUUCUUUCAGGCAGAAGGAACAAUGAAUGAAACAGCUAUUCCUGCAGUGACCAAUGCUUUGCAGGAAACAGAAGGUGUCACCAAUUUGAAAGUUCAAGUUGCAGAGGGCAUUGCAACUGUUGAGUUAACAAAGCAGACAACGAUACAAGCUACAGGGGUGGCAUCCAACUUGGUUGAGAUCAUACAAGGCUCGGGAUUCAAGCUCCAGACGAUAAACUUGAGCUUUGAGGAUGAAGAUGACAUCAUCUAGUUCUCAUAUUCUGAUGCAUCUGUUCAAACCUAGCAAAGAAAGGGAACUUUGGACUAAAUGGAGCUCUUCACCAGAAUUUUGCAGGGUAGGCUGAUGUUGGCGAGUUAAUUGUUGUACUGAUCAUUUAUCAUACUUGGUUCCAUUUACAGCUUCUAUUACAUGGUGUUCGUUAACUUCUUCUUGUA